CAUGGAUGACAGACAGAUCUCAGUUAAACACUUCACAUGAAUCAACUUUGUGUGGUUGUUUUUUCUGUGAAUUUUAACUGUCUAUUGCUUUAAUAUCAUAUCUUCAUAUGUGAAUAUAUAUAUAUAUGCAUGAGGAUUAGGUGUUGGCUUGCAAAAUCGCUAUAUAUUUGAUCUGGGUUUCAAGAAUCUGUAGCAAAAAAGCAGCAAGAAAAGGCGAAGAAAUGAGAGGGUUUUGCUCGAUUCUGGUGGUUCUAGCGAUUCUUGGAUCGGUUCACGGUGAUUUGCAGAUGGGGUUUUAUGCGAGUUCGUGCCCGAAAGCCGAACAGAUCGUGCAGGAUUAUGUGAACGAGCAUAUCCCGAAUGCUCCGUCGCUUGCGGCUGCUCUUAUCAGAAUGCAUUUCCAUGAUUGUUUCGUCCGGGGUUGUGAUGGAUCAGUGCUUUUGAAUUUCACUUCGAGCUCUGGGAAUCAAACAGAGAGAGUAGCAGUUCCGAACCAAACCGUAAGAGGGUUUGGAUUCAUUGAUACAUUGAAGAGUUUGGUUGAAGCAGAAUGCCCUGGUGUUGUUUCUUGUGCAGAUAUCAUCGCUCUUGCUGCUCGAGACUCCAUCGUUAUCACGGGAGGUCCUUCUUGGAAAGUGCCCACCGGUCGAAGAGACGGGCUGAUAUCGAAUGCAUCGGAGGCGCUAUCCCAAAUCCCGGCUCCAUUCGAUAACAUCACCAUCCUCAUACAAAAGUUUGCGAAUAAAAGUCUUGAUUUGAAGGAUCUCGUCUUGCUUUCCGGUGCUCAUACGAUCGGAAUCGCACAUUGUCCAUCGUUCUCAAACCGUCUAUACAAUUUCACGGGCGUGGGCGAUCGAGACCCAGCACUCGAUAGCGAAUACGCCGACAAUCUCCAAUCGAGAAAAUGCAGGACACCAAACGACACAACAACAAGAGUCGAGAUGGAUCCCGGGAGCCGUAAGACGUUCGACCUUAGCUACUACUCGCUGUUGCUAAAACGUAGGGGACUGUUCGAAUCUGAUUCCGAAUUGACAAGAAAUUCAAACACGUUGACGUACAUCAACCAACUCCUUCAAGGAUCGAUCGAGAAUUUCUUUAGCGAAUUCGCAACGUCGAUGGAGAAAAUGGGCGCGGUCGAGGCGAAAACCGGAACGUCCGGUGAAAUUCGAAGAAAUUGCGCUGUCGUAAACAGUUAAGAGCGUAAAACUGUUAUUCGUUUUGGUCAUUUAAUAUUUAAAUUGCAUUCGUCAUUUUUAAGGGGAAAAAAUGGUGAUUUAUGAUUUGUGUGUUUUCUUAAAUAAUAGAAAUAAUGCUUGUAAAAUAGAAAAGAGAACGCCGAAUAAAAUGGAAUAAAAAUUGCAUUGUUUCUGUUUUCUGGUUCAUGUAAAAUAUGUAUUCGGGUGUGUGAUUUUGCGUUAUAUAAAAUGGAGUUUUAUAUCA